CCUUGCCAUGCUGUUUCCCACUAAUUGAGAUAGAUUCCAAACGGGGGUUCGGGGUAAACUAAAAGGAAACGACCUCAGGAAUGCAAGUUUCCUGCAAACAGGCUUCCAUUUAGGAAAAAAAAUUAUCAGGUGUAAUUACAUUAAGUUGUUGUGAUUCAUACUCUUUGCAACAUGUUCUUAGAGAAAAGCCAUUGUAGGCUCAGGCAGCUGCAGCAGCGUUGAGCCAGAUCUGGAUUAUGGGUACCUACGUCUGCUGGUGGUGGCAAAGCUUCCUGAGAUUGUUCAGCUUGUCUGUUGUCUGUUCUCAUAGUCUUACCCUUGCUUGAAGUAUUAACAUCAGUCCCAUGGUGGGAAAGAGGGAGAGGAAAGAGAUCAUGCUGUUUUUAUACGCUGUUGUAGUCUACCUCAGCAUCUUGUUUAUGAAUUUCACCCUUCCCCUGUCUGUUGAUACUUGAAAACAUUUACCGCCAAAGAGAUGGUAGUCUGUUUGUGAGAUUCUUGAGCGGGUAUUAUAACAUAUUCAUGAUCACAGUGAUUAGUCAGUGUACAUGCAGUUUUAUGUACUAUACGUGCAGCGUGGACAUAAUUUAACCUUAUCGGUUUCAUCUUCAGAAAGACUUCGAGUUACCAGUGUUCUAACUGUAACCAAAAGGAUAUGAGUGCUCUAGCUUCAAACAAGAUUGCAUACAAAUAUGUGUUGUCUUUCAUAUAAAAUUAAUUAAUUUUAUUAAAUCUCUCUUUGGUGAUUAAGAGGGCAGACUGAGAGAGAACAAAUGAAAUUAAAUCAAAAUUGCUGUUCUUAUCUGCCACUAACAAUAUGCGAAAGUCAUACUGGAAGGUAAGAAUAAUGAAAUACUUGUCAUCAUGGUACAACUUACUCCACAAAACCAAAAAGGAUUAAGUACUGAAAAAUGACCUCCCAGCCUUUAGCACUAUAGUAGAGUAGAGACCCUUGCAAAUUGUUUCAUGUAGAGACCUUUUCCUUAGUUGGAUUUCUCACUGAAUUUUCACUUACUUUUCUAUUAAAUUCUCAGUAGACUUGCAGUCCCAUUAAAAGUAAUUAAUUUCACAUGUGUUAUUUUUCAUUUUUCUGAGAAAAUACCUCUUAGUCUUGACCCUGUCUUGAAACAAAAAUGAUUAUUUUGAUGGCAGUUCAAAUUUAUUUUUUUUUAGAAUCAGGUGACUCCAAAAAAGGGAAAAAAAAUAAAAAGGCUAUGGAAAAAUGCAUUUCUUUGUCUCUGCUGCAUUUAGGAUGUGGUUGUGCCCCAGGAGCCUAGAGAAUUGCAGUUAUGAUGCGCCCUGGGCUCAGGGGCCCAACUUUCCGUCUACGUAUAAAAAUUCCUCCCUCUUCAGCCGAAGCGUGUACUUCUGGUCUGCGUAAAAAAAAAUAAAUAAAAUUUGCAAGAACUCUCCUGAGUGCGAUCAUUGUAAGUAUGAUUUUGGCCACAGCUAUUUACAAGACAGAAGUGAGUAAUUGAAUUACGCUGAGCCUCUGAAGUUUGCCUUUUAUUUAUGUGUUUCCCCCAGUUGCGUGGCUCGGUCUGCCGUUGGCUGCAGUCCCUGCAGCCUACCCGAGGGCUCUGCAGUUACGUAAGGCUCUGUCUGCUGGGAGCCUAUAUAAAGCCUUUCUGCAUGCCAGCAAGAGACAGAAUUUUAUCAGGAUCCAGGUCCCACUGCUUUAGUUCGCACAAGCAGGAGGAGAUUUUCUGGUAGAUUGAAACCUGAGGCUGGUUUGUUUGCCAGCCAGUACUUCACAGCUGUCAACCUGAGUUACAAGUAGCAGUUACUGUAAGUAGCUUCUGUGCAUUAUGAAGAAUUUUUCAUUUCCUAUGCAGGAUAACACACAUCAGACCGAGAGUUCUUCUCCUCACAGAUUCCUGACUUUGACAAAUCAGUCAGAUCCUGUUGGAAGACCAGAGAGAGAUGAGCGAUUAGCUCAAGUAGAGAUUGCUGUGCUGGGGGCCAUAUUUCUGACAGCGUCUGUGGGCAAUUUUAUUCUCAUACUGGUGCUGUGGCGAAGAAGAAAGAAGCUUUCUAGGAUGUAUGUGUUCAUGCUUCACCUCAGCAUUGCUGACUUAGUGGUAGCCUUUUUUCAAGUGCUGCCUCAGCUUUUAUGGGAUAUUACAGAUGUUUUCAUAGGGCCAGAUUUCUUGUGCAGAAUUAUCAAGUAUCUACAAUUGCUGGGCAUGUUUGCCUCCACGUAUAUGAUAGUGGUCAUGACAGUGGACAGAUAUCAAGCGGUUUGCUACCCUAUGGUCACUUUCCAGAAGAAGAGAGCUCUCUGGAACAUCCCCAUUUGCACCAGCUGGUCUAUAUCACUGAUUUUUAGCCUACCACAGGUAUUUAUCUUUUCUAAGACUGAAAUAUCUCCAGGUGUCUUUGAAUGUUGGGGUGAAUUUAUUCAGCCAUGGGGCCCAAGGGCAUACGUGACUUGGAUUUUUGUAGUUAUAUUCUUCAUUCCCUCAGCCAUCCUUAUCAUGUGCCAGGUUAAGAUUUGCAAAAUAAUCAAAAGAAAUAUAUAUGUGAAAAACCAGAAUGAAUAUGAAGUAACAAAUCAGAAGCAAGUCCUGCCAUCCCGAGCAAGCAGUGUGAACUGUAUUUCAAAGGCUAUGAUCAAGACUGUAAAAAUGACAGUUGUGACAGUUGUUGCGUAUGUUCUUUGUUGGUCACCUUUCUUCAUUGCACAGCUGUGGUCUGUGUGGUUCCCCAGUGUCAUGACUGAAGGUUCGGCAUUCACCAUUAUCAUGCUCCUCGGCAAUUUAAAUAGUUGCACCAACCCGUGGAUUUACAUGUAUUUUUGUGGCCACAUUCCGUAUUGCAAAAAUAAGCAGCUGGAGAACACCUCGGCUCAAGAGGAAUCAAUGAUCACAGGGAGCAUUCAACUCAUAGACAGAGACCCUGAGGAAAACAGUACUUCUGCAUAAAUAUUGGAUGUUUUUUGUUGUUUUGUUACAUUUGCUAUGUUCACAAGACAUACUGAUAUUUUACCACCGUCCCUCAUUUUAUGGAUAAGGAAGCUGGAAAAUUAUCUUUUGUUGUAUAAAUAUAUUUCUGUGCAGUUCUGUAGCAUAUACAGAAAGUUUCUGUGUUGUGCAAGCCUGACUCAGUGCUUCCAUCACCUCUGUGUUAUCAGAAUGAAUUCUUGUAAAGACUGGCAAAGAUACAUGAAAGUAUCAGAAAUAUUUUGUGUCCUAAAAUACUUUCUCUUUUGUGAUUCUGGAUUUCUAACCAGUAAAAUUUUACAACUAACUGGUCCAACAAAUUGAAACAUAAUUGGAAAGAAGUCUGGCAUGAUUAGACUUGAAUAUGUUUUUAAAUUGAACCAUGAAUUGUUUGUCAUUCUGAUGUAACUGGGGGACAGUCUGGCAAAUCUUGAUAAGGCAGAAGAAGGUCAGAAAAACACUUUGCCAGCUAUUAUUAACACCUAUUUUAAAUUAACUCCUUAUAUACAUUUGUAAAAUGCCAAGCAGCUUAAUACAAUUAAAAAAAAAAUAAUUCAGUGUGUUUGAGACACCGCACACCUACUUUGGUUUCAGAUGCCAUUGUGGAUCACAGGUGUCAGCAGCAUAGUAGCAGGUCCAGGUUUGUGGCUUCACACCGUGGGAUUUGAUCUUCCAUGCAUUCCGUGAUGUGCAAGCAGUUACCUGAAACCCCACAUAGAUACACAAAUGUCCACAUACUUUAAAUAAAAAUGGUUGCUAGGAACAUACAUUUUCAUUUGGUAUUCAGACCUAUUUGUUUUGGUGUGCAAUUUAUUGACAGAGUGUGCGUAGAACCCCUUCAGGCUCAAAUUCCAUUAUUUCCUCUUCGUGGUAAAAAUAAAUCUGCAUAUCUUUAUCUCAAAAUGCCAUUUGCUUGUUAGUUUGUGGGUGUUUUAUGCAGGUACCUAUUUAUUCCCCUUUCUGCAAUCUAAUCAGAGGAGUAUGGAAGGAAUAUCAGCAAGGCUUUUUCAGGUGAGAAUAGAGCUGCAUUCACAGAGAUUCUCCAUGAUACUUGCACGUCAUCUGCCUACAUUAUACUAUGUUUCAUCAGUGCUCUUCACAUUUCAUUUUUAUGAGUGCUAGCAAUCUCAAAUUUCAGUGGAAAAGCUAUAAAAGCGGCGGGUGGGGGUUGACAGUCUUUAAAUUGUACUCAAAGAAAUAUCGAUUUAAACUAAAUACUGAUUGGAUUGUGAGAAGUGCUGCUGCACAAUGAAUAGUUACACUUCAGGUUAAUGUCUGCUGAUAAUGACUGAUUAUUCUAUGGUUUCUAUUCCCUGCAUAUUUAGACCAGAUAGAGGUAUGAACCAAAUAUUGCUGUUCUUAUGAUGGGGAAAGCUAGUGUCCCAGUCCAGCUGGCAAGAAGAACAGGUCUCCAGCAAGUAGGAAGAGGAAGAAGGUGGAUGAAGACAGUACCAGAGCCAGAUAGGAAUGGAAAGAGUCUUUAUGUAAUUUCAUAUUAUAAUUGCAAUUGAUAAUUUUUUCUUGCUGUUUUUUUGUCCCCUUCUCUUUAAUUAAUAGUUGUUAAUUCUACCACACAACAUGUUCCCUGUUAGAGCAAUUCUGUAACUGUCAGCGUCCUUGUCUGGGGUAUGAACAUCCAAGAUACAAUCCAUACUAUUGAUAGGAUAUUUGUUAUAUUCAGCCAUUGAUUUUCUAAGACUUUAAGUCAAAUUAGCUCUCAGCUUCUCCUUUAUGACUUAAUCCAGUGGUUAGUGAUGGGCAUUUACUUUUUCUACUUCCUUUGCAGUUAGUUACGUAGUAGAAUAUGCAAUGUUCAAAGGAAAUGUAAAUAGAAAUGCUUUGAGGAAUCACCUGUGUCAUUGUACUACUGGAUUUGCAGCAAAACACACUGAAAGCCUCAAAAGUUAUAAUUUGCAAGGAAAACAGGCAUUUAAAUUGUGUGCAAAUAUUCAUCCAGAUCCAGAACUGAUGUAAGUCACAGCACUGCUCGGAGACUGCGGUGGAGCUGUGCUAUUUUACACCACCUGAUCCGACCUCUGAUAUUUAAAAGGUAUAACUUCUGCUACUUACAUUCUGCAUGGCUCAUGUAUUUGUUAUUGGCUUUAUAAAUAAUUUGGUAGAGCUCAAUUUCUUAAAUAACAAUAGCUCAAUGUUUUCUAUAAAAGUCGGAGAGUGGUAUUACUGUCCAUAUUUCAGAUAUUUUGAUCAUGUAAUGAAUGAAAUGCCAGAUCUUAAGUUCAGUAGUGAAUGCCCACUGUCUGUAAUGUUCAAAACAAUGAUAUUUUUACUUCUCAAGUGCUUGCUUUCUGCUUUUUUCAUUUUCUUUCCCCUGACAUCAGUCCCACUGUUAAGAAAAAUAAAGGUUACUGCACUGCCGUGUUAAACUACAGGCUAUGGAUGCUUUUAGUUUCAGUCUGUCAGGAAGUAUGUGAACAUGGGUAUUCCUGCUUUUUUCCUAGCGAAGUGAACCAGGCUGCAUUUUCCAGAUGUAAGUCAUUAUCCUGCAUGGCCUGUCCCUGCCCCAUGGGCAGCACUGACCCGACAAACACACUCAAUGGGGAGUUUGGUUCCAGUCCACAAUUUUCUGUCAAAACUAAUUUUCAAAUGAUGGAAAUUCAUUUUGAUAACUCUUUCUUUUUUUUUUUUUUCUUUCUUUUUUCUAAUAAAGUGUCCUUUACAGGUCUUUUCUUAUUCCUUAAAGAAAAAGACAUUUAAAAAUACAAUGAGAUUUUUCUCUUUGUAAAUUUCAUCAUCAGCUUUCUUGGGAGUUGUAGUUUGAGCACCUCGUGCCCUUGUUUUUCACUGUAUUUUGAUUCUUCAGCUGGACAAUAUCUUUUCCAAUUCACUGUCACUUAGAUUUCCAAUAGGCAUUACAGUGCCUCAUUAAGAGGAAUGACUGAGACAUCCCUGUAGUCUGGCCAGGGUGUUUAAUCCAUAUGGGAGAGUCAGGAACUCGAACGUGCAAGUCCCUGGAGGCACUCUGGAAACACCUGCAAAUGAGAAAAUCCAGUUAUCAGAUGAAAGCCUUCCUCAUCAAUGCCUAGAUUCUGUUUACUCAUACAAAUAAUUUCUGAGCAGAAAAAUACAUAGCAUACAACUUCACACUCUUGAAGUGAAUGGUUGUGUUGUUGCUGCUGGCACCGCAAUAUAGUUUUUUGUUAUCUAGUGGGCCUUUUUUUUGCUCUUCAGGCUUUUUACCACUUUGGAAAGGCACAGUUCAGUAAAAGGAAUUAGGUUCUUUCUUAAAAAUUCUUGGUUUGUGUUUUGCAGUACAGAAAAGAAGAAUCAAUGUAAUGUAACUAUUAGUUCUUUAUAGAUUUAUUACAGAAAAAAAGAAAACCAAAACCCAAACCCUAGCAGAAUGAAAGGAAAAUCCCAACAUGUUUUGCAUUCUUUACAGUAUAUUUUGAUAAUUCUGUUAUUUUACAGAACUGCUGCUGUAUUUUCAUAGCCAGUCCUAGUUCCGAUACUUGUAAAUGGUGAACACUGAAGCCAGAGGUGUUGGGUAAUAUUCUCUUUAUUCUUGCAAUGAAAUGAUGCUGACAAAUUUUAAGGAUGGUGCCAAACUGAUGUCCUGCCAAUUUCAAUUUGAUCACUUAGUUCUGACAGUGGUAACUGGUCAUUGGGUCAAAUAAACUGCUCCUGUCUCUGUGUUGUUCAGGGAAGACUGUGUGUAACAGUCUGACAUCACAACAGAUGUGAUUCCAACAGACCCAAGUUGGAACUGGCAGAUUUUAUUGUGUGAAGUAGACAUGGCAUGCAGACAUGGCUGUAUUGUCCAGUUCCCAAACACUUGGCCAGGAUAAAAGUAUCAAGAGAUUGUGAAUGUUAGCUAUUCUUGGCUGAAAAGUAUCAUGAGCAGACAAAGGCAAAGCAAGAUUAGCCAGCUACUCGGUUCUUUCAGUCAAAUCCAGUUUGCGUUGGAUUCCUUAGAGGGGGGAAAAAACAAAACAAAACAAAAAAAUAGUGCAAGCCAUUUUCUGUCUUCAUAAGGUAGGGAUUUGAUCCUCAAUACCCUGGUUAUCUACAGGAAACUUCCAUAAUUGUGAAACAGAUGAUUCAUACAUGCAGCAAAACAGGAUUGCAAAGGAAUAGGAAUCGUAUUACUUAAAGUAAAGCAGUCACAAAGAAACUAUUUACUACCGUAUUAGCUGAUCCAUAUAUAUUUGAACUGAAAGGAAAUCACACUCUUAGAAAAUCAGCAAGAAAGCUUGAUGUAAUUUGUGCUACCACAUCAAAACUCCAACUAUCCCCAAACCCACUUCCUCAGUCCUAUGUGUGCCAGCACCAGGUCCGUCUAUGCUCUCACGGUCCCAGGUAGAGCCUCAUGAUCUGCCAUACAGUUUCCAAAUGCUACCGGCCCUAAUAUCUUGCAGAGGUAUCCCACGUCUUUACUUUGCCUCUCUGAAAUAAAACGAUAGAAGCUGUGUCUUUUUCUUGGGCUUAUGUGGUGCUCCUGUUGUUGCCACUUGAGGACCUUUGGAGGGCCAUCUCAUUAACAAAGCAAAUUCUGGGCAUCUUUACAAGCCCUUGGUAAAAUUUCCAUUACUUUGUGCUUUACUUUUUCAGGCACAAAAGAAAGCAUAGGCUUUGAGUGAAACUAAGCAGGCCAUAACUACUCCCUCUUGCUUUCUUUUCUUACCAACACAGCAGACCAAAGCAUGUGCUUUCCACCAUUAAGUCAUAGCGACUAAUUUAAUCUAUGCUAUCAUCCAGCUCCAUAAUGAACUUUGGAGGCAAUGAAACUCUAACCAAAGGCUUUUUGAAUUUCCAUCCAAAUGUUGCCCUAUAGAUGCUGUGCAAACUUAUUCAAGUGCUGUUGUAUUCAUCAGAUGCUUUUUUACAUCAUGGCUGACACUCUGAAAGAUCUUCAGGAGUGUGGAUUUCUUUCAUGCAUCCAUUUCAGUAUACUUCCCCCAAAUUGUUAAAAUUGUACAUUACCUAAAUUUUACCAACAAGUCUCCUGAAUUCUGAGUUAACAACAGCGGAAUCAGUAGGACCUCAUGAGGAAACAUUUCAACACCAUCUAGGAAAGAAUUCUGAAAAAAUGCCAAACAAAAGCAUCUAACCUUGAAGGUCUCGAAAAUUUUGUCUGGGGAGUUGGGCACAGCUAGAGACAAACAUCAACUUACACCCCAGUAACCAUUUUUCAAGAGAAUUGAUGCAGUAACAGAUAUUAAAACCAGAUAUAAGAAAGACUCAAUAUUUCUGUCAUCAUCAUCAUCAUAUAACCUACAAUAAAUUUUAAAACAAAACAUUACCUUGGCACAGUGUGACAUAUGUAGAUCAGUUCUGAAGCUAAAAUAAUCUAAAACACAUCUUAAUAACAAAUGCAACUUUUCUCUCUGAUCUUGCUAUUUUAUUUAGCUAUAAAGAUGUAGAUAAGUUCUUUGAUUCCAAGAUUCUUGUUCUGUGAAUUCCAUGAAGCUACCUGAAGAUGA